CCAUCUAUUGGAUUCUACAAUCCAUAUAAAUUGAAGCAUAUGAUGGGCUAUGUUUGACAGUAUCUUCUAGAAAUUGGUUGUCAAACAGUGCACAGCAAUAGUGUUUGCUUCACAAGUCAAUCCAUACAGCAAAAAUGGGUCUUCACUUUGGUAAUUUGUGGAAGUACUAUGGUAUGAUUACAUACACUAUAUCGCCGUUUGAGCAAAAGGCAUUGAAAGGCGUAAUUAACCCAGGCUUUCUUAAUACAUGCCGUCGAAUCGCCGAAAAUGUGCCAUACAUGGGUCCACCCGCUCUUCUUAGUUACUUGGUCUACGAAUGGGGAGAGCAUGAAAACCAUUUAACACAUCGCAAAAAUCCAGCUGAUUACGAAAACGAUCAAUAAGCUUGUAUUUACGGCGCGCUGGGGAUGUUUGUCCAAAAUGAAAUAUUCUGAUGUAAAAAAAAUGGAAUGAAAUAAAUUGAACGUAGAGAAUUAAAAAGAAAACAAA